UUUUUGCAUCUUUUAAGUAUGGUAUGUAUAUACGCAAUCCAUCCAUCCAUCGAUAAUGUAUCAGGGCACAGAAGCGGUUUCUACAGCAAAGAAGCAACAGGAAGAAAAAAAAGAUGAACAGAUAUGGAUAACGUAUGGAGAGAGUCAACUUACAAUACGCAGUUACUUGAUUGUCAUGAACACACGCAUAAAAUCAAACACGUCGACUAUUUGAUAGUAAAUAGAAACCGUUUCUCUAUAUGCCUUGAUACUAGUGGAAUUAUGGAUACAUAAGCGAACUUGUGCAUAGACAAAGAUAACAUUAACAUACAACUGUAGGCUGACGAGCAAACUCCCAGAAAGAGAACCUUCCGUAAGUUCACCUACCGUGGUAUUGACCUCGAACAACUCUUGGACUUGUCCUCUGAACAAUUCAUGGAACUCGUCCACUGCCGUGCCCGCAGAAGAUUCCAACGUGGUCUUAAGCGUAAGCCCAUGGGUCUUAUCAAGAAGCUCCGUGCUGCCAAGAAGAACGCUCCUGCUGGUGAAAAGCCCGAAGUUGUCAAGACUCACCUUCGUAACAUGAUCAUUGUUCCUGAAAUGAUUGGUUCCGUUGUUGGUAUCUACAACGGUAAAGUUUUCAACCAAGUUGAAAUCAAGCCUGAAAUGACUGGUCACUACCUUGGUGAAUUCUCCAUCACCUACAAGCCUGUUAAGCACGGUCGCCCCGGUAUUGGUGCCACUCACUCUUCUAAGUUUGUUCCCCUCAAGUAAA